AAGGUUAAGACCUCUUAUCUGAAUUGAUCAGACAUUUGCCUCUGAAUAGUUAAGCAAUAUACUAGCUCUUAAUGGUUCAGACCUCUUACUGGUUCAGCACUUAAUGGUUCAGACCUCUUACUGGUUCAGCACUUACCCACUCAGAAGUUGUCAAACAGCCCCUAAGACAAUUAUAGUAUCUCUAUGAACAAAAUUUGAAGGCGGAGAAACUUUUCACGUGUAUAUACACCCAGUCACAAAACUAAAUGAUAGUAUGAUUUUAUAUAACUUAAGAUAAAUUUUAAAGAUGUUUUGGCAACAAUUUGUGCAUUUGUGGCAGCAAUGGGAAGACCCAAAACUGUGGAAUCGGCGGAUUGUGAUGGAAAAACGUUUGGGCCUACGGCUGUUUAUUUGUGUGCUUGGGCCGUAAGCAUAGGUCUUAUAAUUUCUCUGAUAUGUUCUGUGCUGACUUAUUAUUUCCGCAUCGGAAAUUCGCGUAUUAGAAAUCGUGUUGUUUUAUUUACAUGUGGGUCGUCACUUGUAAUCGGAAUUUUACUAGGUUUGGGCAUGAUAUAUAAGAAGAAGAUGGACGGCGUCUGUGAGAUCGCUCACCCGGCGUUCUUGUACAUAACGGCAGUUCUUUUGGCCGUUCGUGGGAUCGUCUACUGUGCCAGCUUGACCUGCAUUACUGGAGAAGGAGAAGAAACGGCUCCGUCACAUGGCGGCUUGCAAAUGAGCAACAUUAAGGGAAAAACUUAGAUAAACCUAAAUGAAAGAAAUUUGUUGAAAGACCAGUUAUUUUAUGUGUUCUUUAUGAUAUUUACUUGGAGAAAUUUAUCUAAAUAGUACUAAAAUAUAGUGAUGUUU